AUGACCGACGCACCCAGCACAUCGGCUGUCGUCAAGAAAGACCGCAAGGGCGGUGACGCUGACGGGAAGAAUGACGGGAAGAAGCGCUUUGAAGUCAAGAAGUGGAAUGCCGUGGCUCUCUGGGCCUGGGAUAUCGUCGUCGACAACUGCGCUAUCUGCCGAAAUCAUAUCAUGGAUUUAUGUAUCGAAUGUCAAGCAAAUCAAGCUUCCGCCGCCAGUGAGGAGUGCACUGUAGCCUGGGGCAUCUGUAACCAUGCUUUCCACUUCCACUGCAUCUCAAGAUGGCUCAAGGCACGACAAGUCUGUCCACUGGACAACCGAGACUGGGAAUUCCAAAAGUACGGCCGCUAA